CAAUUUUGUUCCGACAUGACAUGGCUUUACUUUCCAACUAAGCAUCAACUAGAUAACACACCGUUUCAUUCAUCAACCCAAUCCACAUCUCUUACUCUUCAUUCCUCUCUAUCCAUCUUCAACAAAAUGGCCUCUUUUUCAGCCACUUCUCUUACCUUUCAACCCUCUUUCCAAUUCUCCACAAGAACCAACCAGGUUUCUUAUAGAACUUCAAGUUUUGGAGCAGUUUCUGUAGGAUGGACAAGGACAAACUUACCUUCUUUGAGAUCCUCCGGUUUUCGCAUCUAUGCAGUUCAGGCACAACCUGAGACAGUGCAGAAAGUGAGCAAAAUUGUGAGGAAACAACUCGCUUUGACACCCGAAACCGAGCUUACUCCAGAAACCAAGUUCUCAGCUCUUGGUGCUGAUUCCCUUGACACAGUUGAAAUAGUGAUGGGUUUAGAGGAAGAGUUUGGGCUUAAUAUUGAAGAUGAUAACUCUGAAAACAUCACAACCAUUCAAGAAGCAGCUGAUUUGAUAGAGAAGCUGAUUCAAAAGAAAGAUGGAGCUUAGAAUUGAAGUGCAACUGAGUUAGGAUAAUCAUGUUUUGGCCUGUUUUUUUGCUUAUGAGUAUUCUAUAGGAAGGAAUUUGAUUUGUUUUCAUUGUAACUUUGUUUGGUGUUUGUUGCAAGUGGUGACAGAAAUGUUUUAUAGUUUUUGGUCUCAAGAUAAAAUAAGUAUGUGCUUUGGUUUUUUAGGUCAAGAUCAUAAGUAAUGUUUGUCAAUGUUUCAUGUUC